AUGCUGGACCGCUUAGUCAAGCCCUCUAUCGCGAAGCAGCUCCCUUCGCUGUACAUAUUUCAAGCGGGAGCCCGGCCAGCCAUUGUCAGCACACAGCAGCAAACCCGAGCUGCGUCCACAUCUUCGCCUCCCAAAGACUCCGCGAUUCCUCGACGUAGAGCAGUCACAAUCGUCAAUGACACUGGACGGGUUCCCUGGACAAGUCUCAGCCCCGCCGAGAAAAUUGCUCGAACGACACAACAAUCCUUCAACUUCGGCAUAGUUGCCCUCGGCGUGGUGUUGACUGGCGGCGUCGCUACGGUGCUCUGGCUGGAGGUCUUCUCCACCGACAGCAAGACGGCCUUCUUCAAUCGUGCUGCUGAUCGCAUCCGUGCUGAUCCCAAGUGUCGCGAGCUGCUGGCCGGAGCGGGAACGCACAGCAAGAGGGAAAUUAGCGCGUUUGGGGAGCCGAGUUGGAGCAGGUGGGCACGAAACAGGACAGUAGCGAGCAGACUGGAGAAAGAUCGUGCGGGAGUCGAGCAUCUCCACAUGCACUUCUACGUUGAAGGGCCAGUUGCGAAGGGAACAGUGCAAGUUCACAUGGCAAGAAGGCCGGGCGAAGACUUUGAGUAUCAGCUGUUGGCAUUGGAUGUACCUGGACAGACUCGCUACUAUCUGGAGGACGCCAACGCGAAGUCGGCGCUCUCGAAGUYGGGUACUCUUUUUGGGAUCAACUGGAAUAGGUAG